AGAUCACAAAACACAAAGCUCCGCACUCACAUUCACGACUUCAAAAUGGGCUGGUGGGGGAGCAGCUCGAACGGAGAUGGCUCAUCCCAAAAUGAUGCCAUUGGCAAGCUGGAUCCUAGCCUGCGCGAGUUCCUCGACAAGGAAUCGACCGUGGAAUACACACCCAAACCUCCGUCGCCAACACCCAAAGAACCUAUCCUCUCCGCACCUCCAGAUCCAAUUCCAUCGCCACCGAAGACCGAAGAGUCCAAGCCCAAAGUCCCCCGCGAAUCCCUCUUCCCGGAUGGUCGAUACGCCCACCUGUGGAAGAACUACGAACCUCUAUCCUCCAUCGAAGCGCGAGGAAAGUCUGACCAAGAAAGACUGAGUGAUGUCGUCGAAGCAUACAAUGACCGAAGGGCCUCAGUCGGCCGCGUCGCGUCGGAGAAUUGCGCGCUGGAGGUGCUCGCGGUACAAGACUGCUACAAAAGUGGCUCCUAUAUGAAAAAGAUGAUGCUUUGUAGAGACGAGAACCGGGCACAAAAUCGAUGUCUCGAAAUGCAGGCUAAGUUCUUGAAAGCACUGGGAUACUUGAACAUGAACAACCGGAGUCCGGCGGACGAUGAGAAGAUUCAAAUGCAUGCCGAUAAGCUAUAUCGUCAGAUGCUUCAGCAGGAGAAGAUGAUUGAGCAGGCAAAGAAGGAAGGUCUCCCGGUACCAGAGUUCCAGUCCGUAAUAUCGAAAGAAAAUUUAUCUGCGGCUAUGAAGGGUAACCCUCUGGAAUCAAAAGAAAUAUUUCUGGAAAGCUCCGGCGCCGAUGUACCUGAGGAUACUUGGAAGGGUGUGCCGGCCAAGACUCGCAAGAACUACGAAAAGUCAAUCGAGAAGCUCUCGCCAAUUGAGAGGGAAAUCGAGAAGAAAGCUUUGGAGGGUGAGAUUGCUGCUACUCGUGCCUACAGCAAAAAUGUCGAGGGCGCGUUUGUCGAGGAGCGAAUACACCGGUUAAAAAGGAAAGAAGAGGGAAAAGCCACUAUAGGCGAUACGAUCAAAACUUGGUGGGGUUGGUAGGGGCGAGGACGGUAAGCGUUCAUGUACAGUACAUGUAUUCGAAGUAUGUGGACAGGAGUUUGGUAUUAUUCUGUAUGAAUCCAUUAUGAUACUCUCCAAAUACCCAUUGUAUGUUUAUGUACACCCUCUAAUUUGACAUGACUCCACGACUCUCUG